GAUGAAGAAGGAAGAGCUGAAGGCUGCCCAGUUGACCCACGGCCUCCAGCACCUGCGUCACCUCAGCUUCCCGCAGCCCGUGCGCCACGUUGCCUACAACAGCAGCACCAGCCUCUUUGUGGUCCUGGACGCGGAGAGCCAGCUGCACCUGCACAAGGAGGACGGCUGGUUCAGCCAUGGCACCCAGGCCCCGGAGCCCAUCGCGGGCUUGCUGUACGCCACCCAGGUCAACAAGUACGUGGCCUGGGACCAGGGCAGCCUGCAGGUGCUGGGCCCAGCCUUCGAGGUCCUCUCCAAAGUGCUGGCCCCGCAUGGCAUCUGUUGCUGCCGCUACAGCCCAGAGCUCAAUCAGGUGGUGACAGCUGGAGCGGGCAGCCUGUCCAUCUGGGCCUUCCGCUAUGGAUUCUCCCAGCUGCAGUGCCAGGCCACCGUGCAGCAGGGCCUGUCCCCUCGCGACACCUUCACCCGGCUGGCCCUGGACACCCGCGUCCCCCAGAAAUGCUUUGCUGCCUGCGGCACCGGGGUUGCUGUCUUCAACAUCUCCCAGGGGGAGCUACUGACCUUCCAGAGGGACCUUCACAACAGGGCCAUCACUGACAUCGUCUAUUGCGAGGCAGGGGCGUGCGUGGUGACGGCUUCCCGCGACACCACCAUCAAGGUCUGGGACGAGAAGUGGCUGAUCCAGACAAUCUUCGUGGGACACACUGGGCCUGUGACCGCUGUGACCAUCUACCCCCAGGGACCCCUCAUCCUCUCUGCCUCCCAGGACGGCACCAUUCGCACCUGGAACCUGCAGACCAUCGACCAGGUGGAUGAAGUGCAUGUGGCCGAGGUGGUGGAGCAUCUGCAGACGCACCCAGAGGGCGGGUACGUGGUCUCGCUGACCGGCUCCACCAUGGACCUUUGGAAGGUCAACCAGCUCUAUUCCCUGCACACCCGGCUGGGUGCCGCCGUGACGCGCCUCUGUACCAUCGACCUGAGUGCCGUGGGCAGCUUCCCAGUGCGGGCUGUGUGCGCGUGCCAGGACUCCACCGUGCGGCUCGUGGCCGCGCACACCGGCCGCAUCCUCUCCACCCUGCUGCUGGACAGGCCCUGCCAGGCCGUGGAGGUGGCCUACUGUCUGCCCAAGGAGACCCUGUUCGUGCUGCUGGAGCUGGGCCAGCUCCUGAGGGUGAACGCCGCGGUCAACCCCAUGAGCGUCAAGAAGAUGGUGGCGCCCUGGAGCGAGUCGGCACGGCCCUGCUGCCUGCUCGUCUACAGCCAUAUCGUGGACCCCAAGAAGGCCUAUGCGCAAUGGCGGGAGAUCGUGGAGCAGAAAGGGGACAAGAAGUCCUGGGCACGGCUCCCGCUAAAGCUGCAGGACAAAAACAGGUACCUGCUAGUGCUGGGACAGGAGGACGGCUCGCUCUGCGUGCUCCGGUGGUUCACCGGGCGUGUUCAGUACCAGGUGGAGGCUCACGGCUCGGAGAGGGUGACCGCGCUGGCUGCCUACCCCCACGACACCUGGAUCAUCUCAGCCGGUGGCGAUCGCACGGUGAAAGUCUGGCGCAUCUUCCCCUACAUUGACGAGUGCCUGACCCUGCUGCGGAGCUUCUCCUGCCAGCAUCCCGUGCUGCACAUGUGCCCGCUGGGCUCCACGCUGGGCACCGCCAUCCAGGACCCCGAGAGUGCCACCUACAGCAUCGUCCAGUACGACCUGCUGGCCCAGAGCCGCCAGGAGCACGGCCCCGAGGACGACCCGCUGGACGAGAUCACGGGCCUGUGCUGCUGUCCCACGCUGAAGCUCUUUGCGUCGGCCAGCAGGGAUGGGUCGGUGAAGGUCUGGAACGCCCAAAACCAGCUACUCAGGUGAGAGGCAGACGCUCCUAUCAAGCCAGCCAGCACGGCUUGUUGGGGUCUCUCCCCGGAUCCUGCCCAUGCUGCAGUCUCUGGGGGGACUUUGGGUGGGUCUCAUGGCCCAAGAUGUUAACAUGCCCCUGUCACUGACUGGAGCUGCACAGGGUGCUGGGGCCCCGA